AUGCCACCGAAGAAAGCGAAGACCAGCCGAGCCAAAGCCAGCCAAGACGCCCCCACCAGGGAAGAGGACCCCGACGAGCAGGGCCCGGCGACACCUGGCAAGAAGGGCGAAACGAAGCGCGCCGCAAAGCGCAAAGGCAAAAACCCAAGCCAUGGCGCACCGCAGCUUCUCUCCAAGGAAUCAGAGUCGCCAGGAGACGCGGCGACAAAGGGCCCAAUCGUCAUCGUCCCACCGCCCACCACCAGUGACCCGAUCCUCGCCGGUGUUGACGCAUGGGUGCAGGCUACGCUGACGCUAGGCGUGGGCGGCCUGAAGAAGCAGUUCCUCGAAGUGAAGGGCUACCAGUCGCCCAACCAAGCCGCCACCGCCUUUGCCGCCAACCCGACCAAGAAUCGCUACCCAGAGCUGACGUGUCUGGAUGAAACGCGCGUCAAGUUGACGCCCGAGGUGCCCGGGGAGGGCGACUACAUUCACGCGAAUUGGUGCAGGCUGGAAAACCACCCGACCGUCUACAUUGCCACACAAUCCCCCGUCGAAGCGAGCAUCGUCGAUUUCUGGCGCAUGGUGUGGGAGUACGAGAUUGUCACCGUCUGCCAACUAUCGGCCAACAUGGAGGAUGGCAAAGUGAAGGAACAAAAGAAAGAGGCGCCCCUGGUGCCUCUGAAGACGACUCGCGUGCUGCGCUUGAUUCGACUGCUCGAUCGCGGCGACAAGCUGAACAAGGGCAACACGCUGAUGCACUGCUCGUCGGGGGUCGGCCGGACGGGGACGUUCAUCCUCGUCGAAUGGCUUCUCGCGCAGCUGUACUCGGGCAGAAAGCCGGCUGAUCUGCCCGAGCUGUACAAGAAGUUGCGCGGCCAGCGUGCCCACGCCGUCCAGACCGAGUUCCAGUACGUAUUCAUCACGGCCGCCGUCUUGGAUUAUUGCCAGGCGAAACACCCGGGGCGCUACACGGAGGCGGCCGUCAACGCGUUCAUCGCCGAGGCGAAGGAGUUGGGCAAAACGGCGGAGAAG